CUCAUUUCCAGCCCGGGACACAUCAGCUGAGACAUGAGUGGACGAGUGGGAGACCUGAGCCCCACACAGGCUGACGUCUUAGCAGAGUUUCGGGGGAGGAUCCAGGACGUCCUCCCUAAUCUGCCCGCACAGCAUGACCACUACCUGCUGCGCUGGCUCAGAGCUCGGAGCUUUAACGUCGUCAAAGCUGAGGCCAUGAUCAGAAAGCAUGUGGAGUUCAGGAGGCAGAUGAACAUAGACACCAUCAUAUCUGACUAUCAGCCACCAGAGGUGAUUGAGAAAUACGUGUCCGGGGGAAUGUGUGGCUACGACAGAGAGGGCAGCCCCAUCUGGUAUGAUGUGAUCGGCCCUCUGGAUCCUAAAGGUCUGCUGCUGUCCGCCACCAAACAGGACUUUCUGAAAACCAAGAUCAAACACACAGAGAUGCUGCAGCGGGAGUGUCGGAGGCAGUCAGAGAAGUUGGGGAAGAACAUUGAAGCCAUCACUCUGAUCUACGACUGUGAAGGACUAGGACUGAAACACGUGUGGAAACCUGCGAUUGAGACCUACGGAAAGGUCCUCACCAUGUUUGAGGACAACUAUCCCGAGGGGCUGAAACGAGUGUUUCUCAUUAAAGCUCCCAAAAUGUUUCCAAUGGCCUACAACCUAAUCAAGCACUUCCUGUGUGAGGAGACGCGGCGCAAGAUCAUCGUUUUAGGUGGUAACUGGCAGGAUGUGCUACGUCAACAUAUUGACUCCGAGCAGCUUCCUGUGGUGUACGGAGGAAAGCUGACAGAUCCUGAUGGCGACCCUCGCUGCACAACUAUGAUCAAAUAUGGUGGCACGGUGCCGAGAUCCUACUAUGUUCAGGACUCGGUGAAGGUUCAGUACGACACCAGCGUGACUAUCAGUCGCGGCUCUGUCUUCCAGCUGGAGUGUGAUGUGACUGCGCCAUGCAGCCAGCUGAGGUGUCAGUUUGCCAGUGAUGGAGCCGACAUCGGGUUUGGCGUGUACAGACGGACCAAAGAGGACAGUCAGAAACUGACUGACAUGCUGCAGGUGCUGCCCAGUGAACGCUACAAUGCACACCUGGUCCCUGAGGACAGCUGGCUCACCUGCCCUGAGCCUGGAGUCUACGUGCUGUGUUUUGAUAACAGCUACAGCGUCCUUCAGUCCAAGAAGGUGAGCUACAAAGUGGAGGUCCUUCCUCCUCCUCUGGAUCCACACAGCAGAGGAGACGUCAGGCUGCAGUGACCGAGGCCUCACGUGGAAACACAGAUAACUGAUCAGCGUUCUUGGCUCAUGCUGCGUUCCAUUUGCACCGGAACUUGGGAAGUGGGAAUGACGUAACCCAGAGUUCACUGCGUUCCAGUGUACAAGUCCAGAAUAAACAUGGACGCAGAUGUAUCUCAGGGUAGCCAUUGUUAGCAAUACUAGCCCAUACCAACGCUCCACAUUGUAUUUUACACACACACACAAACAGCGUAGCAACAUGUCUACAGUUAAAAAAACAAACUUUACUGUGAAACAAAUACGACAUAAGUGCUAUUAAUGAUAAAAGCAGCAGUGUUUGUGUGCUGGCAGGUUCCAACUUCUGAAUUUAGCUUCUGAGCUAAGUUCUGCGGUCUGAUUACAAAUGGAGCGCACAUUAGACAAGUUACACAAACAUUAUUAUACAUGUGGUCCGCUGUACGUGAAGCCACACCUUGAUUUUGUUACGUUUAUAGUACCUAGUUUGUUUUAUUUACUACAAAUGGAACGCACCAAGAUGCUACAUGUUAGCUGUAGCUACCACGCUAACCCUAAUGCUAGCAUCUGCUUGUCCAGGAGAAAUUAGUGUAUGUAAGUUCACAAACUUCAAUACCUGUUUUUCAGACAUGAACAUUUCAAGUGUUUCUUUUCCAAUGGGAAACACACACAUGUGAGGGGGUGUUGCGUGGUCUAUAAGCAUGAGCUGUCGCUGCACUGCGCUCAUGAAAUUUGACUGGGGAGCUAGCAUGAGGGCCACACGGUUGGUGUUGUGGUUAGCACUCUUGCCUUUGCAGCAAGAAGACACAGGUUUGUGACACGGUCGGAACGAGGACCUUGCAUGGAGUUUGCAUGUUCUCCCUGUGUGUGUGUGGGUUUUCUCCGGGAUCUCCAGUUUCCUCCCACAGUCCAAAAACAUGCAUAUUUGGGGAUUAGGUUAUUUGAACACUCUAAAUUGACAGUUAGAGUGGAUGGUUGGUAGUUUGUCUCUAAAAGUGUCCCUACAGCGCAACCCUCAGGUGGAGGAUAAACUGGUAGAAAAUAGAUGGAGCUGGCAUGAGACGUUUUGGAAAAUGUCCAGAUUAACUUUUGCAAACAUUUGUGUUCUCGCCUAUAAUUUCAGGAGUAUGUCUGGAUUACAGUGCAGGUCUGAAAGAAUCUCAAAUUCUAUGUCGGUGAUGCAUCUGGCUAUGUUUUUGGCCGUGUGGCUUGUAUGAGCUUUUGUCAGAUUCUUGCCUGCUCUAACUUAAUCUAAAAAAAAUUGAAAAUACACAUUCGAACAGUAAUUACAACAUUCGAUUAUUAGUGAUUUUUUUUAUAUUCAAAUUAUAUUCGACUCCUGAAAUUCGUUCCAACAGCCGUAGUGUCACUAUAUAAUAAAUAUUCUAUUGGUUUCCCGCAUAUUUGAUGUGGCAGAGAUUUUUUUACAACAGUCCUUCCUGACACAACCGUCCCAUUCCUCUGGGCUUGGGACCUGGCAUUGAGAGGACACUGGACGUCGCCCCCCUGUGGCUGUGGUCAGUUUAAAUUGGGUACUUUACUCAGGGCUACCUCAGCUCUUGACCUGUUGGGAUUCGUACCAGCAACCGUCCAGUUACAAGCCAAGUUCCCUUUCCACUAGACCCAGGAAAUCCUACAUAUACCCCCUUUAAAAUCAAAUCAGCUUCCUGUUGUAAGUCGCCCAUAAACUGAUUGACUUGAGUGAACAUAAACAAAUCACAUGAUGCUGACAAACCACAGAUCGACCAAAACAAAGAAGUUUGCUCUUAAAUCACAAAUUUAUUCCGUGCCAUGUUAGCACCAAAUUAGCACACAGUGGAAUAAUAAAGACUUUUUUGAUUUUUUCUCUACAUAGACAUAGAUUUUUUUUUUAUAUAAACCAAAGCACUUCAUUAACAAUUCUUGUAUCAGAACCCUGAGAACACACACUGACAACCAGUGUCAUUAUACUGACUGUGACGUAGCAUCUGUUUAUGCAUAUAUGAAAUAUUUCAUUUUAAUAAAUCUAAUGACACAAACUGAUAGAAAUGUAUUUUACUUGAACAAUCAAAGUUUAACAUACAUAAUGUAGAAAAUGUCAGUAUAAUUUACUUUUCUUUUAUUUCAAUCAUUGUGCUUGCUUUAAACUUAUUUUCUCCCUUUGAGAAUAUUGUGAAAAUGUGCAGAUUAAGAUAAAUGUAAAUGUUUCAGAAAUAGUAAGUGAUACACAGACUAGUCCUCUGUUGUGCUAUAUUGUGUUUUGAUCAUGAUACUGAGAAAUGUCUGGUUUCUACUUUACUUAGGAGCUGUUAUUUCCAGUUUGUUUUUUAAGAUAGAGAACACACACACACCAAAUAAGGAGCAAAGUGAUUGUUUCAUGUGAUUGUGUAAUAAUGUUGCUCAUAAUGAAGGUUUUUAUACUACGGUCCUAAUGACAGACUUUAUAGAAAUGUUGUUUUUUUUUUCAGUUACAUUAAUGCUACUUUAAUAAAGGCUGCUAUUGUGUA